AUAGGUCAAUCUCGUGACUGAUUCUAAUGGAGGCCUAUCCUGUCUUGUUUACAAACUGUGUGUAGCACAGCACUGAAUUGAGUUUCAUUUACUAGUUUCGUUCUUCGGUCCAAACGAACAAAACUAAAAUCGUAAUCACAAAUGUGAAUCCCAAUGACUGUGGACCAUUAGAAACAGGAACCUGGAUGUAAUCAUGGCCAAUUCAUCAGGGAACACCUCCAUUGCUCAAGAUCCAGUGGAAAGACUUGCAGCUUUUCUGAGACGGGGCCAGUCUGAUAUCAAGGUGUUAACAGGAAAGAGCAAGUUGUCCCUGACUACCGUUUACCUAUCCAUAUUGAACCGAUGCUUUGCCACAACUCAUCCUAAUGACUCCUCAACAGAGGUUGUGGAAGGUGGCCAAAAAUAUGAUGCAGAGUCUGUGAAAUAUCUCAGAGAUAUUCUCCAUAGGACAGUAGGUUUGAAGUUACUGCACGAGAAUGCCACUUUGAAAGGCGCUGUGGACGUAUCACGUUUUCAUGCUCUAACUGUCUUGGAGGUCAAGCGAGUGCCUGUUCACUUCCUAGUUGGUCUAGGCUCUCUCCGAUCACAGCUUAGGGUGCUGAUCUGUUCCAGAUGUGUCCACUCACUUCAGAUGUUGUUGGUAGGAUGUGGGGGUGAUAAAGCAGAGGAGCAGGAUUGGCCUGUAUUACACACUCUAAACCUGAGCCAUAACUACAUAGAUGCUCUGGAUGAAUCACUGCGUUUCCUUCCUGCUUUGAAAGCACUGGACUUGAGCCAUAAUAAUAUCAGGCAUACAAGGGAUUACUUUGAGAGUCUACCUGAGAUUAUUCAUCUGAACCUGAGCUUCAACCAACUAACAAGAGUUCCUUCUCUUGGGGAGUUCAUCCCAUCUCAUCUCCAAACAUUAUUCCUGAGAGGGAACAACAUUGAAAGUCUGUCUGGUGUUGAGUACCUGGAAGAGAUUGCAACCCUGGACCUGGCCAAGAACGCUAUCUUCGACACUUCAGAUCUCUUUUCCUUGGGUUACCUACAUAGGCUGAGGAAAAUGCACUUUGACGGCAAUCCUUUCACUUUUCAAAGCAAAUGGCGAUUGAUGAUAGCGAGAUACCUAGCACCUAAUGCUGCAAAGAUAGUUACCUUUAUUGAUGAGAUUCCUUUGACCAAAGCAGAGAUUCAGAUUGUUCCAACGAAGAGCAUGGUGAGACCCAUGAGGCCAGACUAUCUCUCAGACAACUUCUCAGCUUCCUUACGCUCUGACAUGUCUUAUGACCUGGAGGAAUCGAUGGAUCUCGAGGCGAGCCAGAAGAAGCGGAAGUCAAGGGUCAAGAGGUUUUCUACAAAGGUCAGGAAUGCAUCUAUCAGCGAGCAGUCGGACGAUAAGAAGCAGAGAGCAAGGCAACAGCUAUCAGAUGCUGGUGCUAAAUCCUCAUCCAGUCCUAGGUCCACGCCAGGCACCGAUGCCAAGAAAGAGUUUGAGGAUAUGAGGCAGAUGCAUGGCAAGGACUGGCUCCUAGCCCUUCACAACCCUUAUGAACCGGUCUCCAAACCUCCUGUACCAAGUAACCAGACCGCUGAACCACAUCAUACUACCCCCAAUGCCAAACCGGGUAGUCUGAAUCAUGAAGAUGGGACCAGAAGAAAUGUCCAGGUAGAUGUCCACGUCGAACGGGAUGGAGAUGCAGUAAGGCGUGGCCCAGCGGUGGUGGUGGAGGAGGUGGUAGAGAGAACCUCCAUGCCGAGUGAAGAGAGUGCAGGGUUAAAAAGCUUUGAUGGGGUCAACGGUCGGGUCAAAGGUCAGGAAGACAAUGAAGGUGUAAAGCAGCUAGAAAGACAAGCCUCUGAUGAGCAGUUUGACUUGUUGAUGAGGCAGGAAUCCCAGCUACAAAUCAGGAUGAACGAUGGAGACUUGAAGGAGGAGGAGGAUCAUGAAGAGGAAGAAGAUGGUGGUAUUGACCUGUGUGGACCACUGCUCAUCAGGUUACACAAAACAGAACCUCCUGUGCAACUCUUUGUCACUGUCAAGGAAGCCUUCAUUGAAGAGAAGAACCUCUAUGGCAAGGUGGUACAGAGACUUGAAACAAAGACUCUUAAAGGAAUGAAUAUGUCAAUCGAGGGAAUGCUUGAUGAAUUCAGCAAUGCUCCAGUGGAGCUUCCGGUUGUGACGCUGUCUUUCGACUACAUCAACAAAGAACGUCGCAAGAGAGAAUAUGUCAUGGACGAUAUGAACACUUGUGAGUCCCUAAUCCAAGUCCUGGAACCAAUUAUAGUCCAGAAUGAGGCAAGUAAGACCAGGGUCUUCAUGCACUGUCUCAAGUGUUUGAAGGAGUUCCCCAAGGACCAGGCUAAGAAGAGAAUAGAGAAGAAACCCAAGAAGUCAAGUGCCUGGACAUCUGAAGAGGAGAGUGGUAGUGAUUUUGAUUCUGUGAGCGAAGUGUUGACAUGUCCUAGCUGUGGUAGUAACCUGCUCCUGGAGGUCGAUGACCCAAGGAAGUCAGAGGUCAACACACCAUAUGGGUCAGUGACAUCAUUUGACCUCAGUUCUAAUCCUAUUGCAGCAUCGUCACCAUGGAAACAGAAAAGAGAUACCAAUGCUGUCAUAGUAAGCCAUUUACAAGACCCCUCGGUGGAUAUCUUCUCCUCCAAUUCCUCCGAUCUCAGCUACACCAAGAGUGCCUCCUCAACUCCUUCCCAGCUCUCGCCAAAGAAAGACAGGACCAAGACCAACCUAAGUCCAGCUCAUGGUCCAAGAGGUCAAGCGAUCAGAGAUCUGCUGAUGCCAUCACCAUCCAAAGAUGGGUCACUCACCUCGUCAUUGUCAUCCCAACACAGUGGUACAAGUGCAGAUUACAGGUUACCAGAUUCAAGCAUCAAGAUGGAAGCAUCUGAAUGUAGUGCAGUGGAAGAAUUAGCAAACUAUCCAAGAGAGAAACUCACCGAGCUGCUUACCACUAAUAAGUCAGGCUUCAGACAGAGCACAGAACAACCAAGCAGUGCUCCCCAAAGGUACUCACUGUGCCCCACUGACGGUGGGAGCGUGUCUAGCAUGGAUGCUGCCUCAGGACCCCCUACCCCAGUCCAACCCAUCACAUCCAAUCCUUUUGAAUCACAUUUCAGGAAUGGUGCAAGCACGGAGACCAAGGCCGAUCCCUCCAGGUCAUCCCUAUCACAUCUGAUGAACGGCAAUGCGAAGACCUCUGCUGAUGAGUGCGAUGGAGGGCGAGCCAGCGGGAAGUCCAAUGAGGUUGAAAGUAGGACUAAUGGAGGAGGAAGUGAUGAGGUAUUUAACCACAGGGUAGAUCAUAGCUACAUUGAGGAUGACUUUGUGGUGUUGGACAACUCAGAAGCAGCGUCCAAUCAUAACAUGGAAUAUAGGAAUGCCUUUCACAUACAGGAGGGAUACCACCAGGAGAAGGACACUGUCUCUGUGGAUGCAAACAGCGUCGGACGUCUAGACAGCAAUGAGAGCGACAUUGCCGUCAUAAGUGAGACAGACGUUCAGAGCAGUAACAGUGCACUUGCGAUGCUCAGGAACUCCAGUGUUGGGAACCUCAGCACAACAUCAGACACUGUAUUUGAGAACAGUCACCAUGUCAACAUCAGCAAUAAGAGUAGUGAAAGUCCUGUUCAGCCUCGGCAGGAAACCUCAUCUGACGAUCACAGAAGCUUGCUCAGUUCUAAUGAGCAUGAUGCCAUUUAUAAAUCAAACUCUGGUUCGGAUAGUGCAGCUGAUGUGAAUGGAAGUGGACAGUGGAAUGUUCAUGGUACUAACCGCACUGCAAUGAAAAGAGCUGUCCAGUCUUCUCCAUCUCAUUCUAUUAACUCAGUGACGGUUGAGACGACAUCCAUGUUAUCUAUGGCUCAGGAGGAUUGCUGCAGCAUUCAUCACCGUCUCAAGCUCUUCUUCUCCAUGUCUGUGUUUGGCAAUGAUGAAGAGUUCACUUGCUUAUUGAGGGGCACAGUGUUUCAAUUUAGCAAGAAGCUCAGCUUUGAUGGCUUGGUGGUGGUUUCAACAGAAGGCAUCUAUAUAUUGAAGAUCACUAAAGAGGAGAGUGAGAACCCAUCUGAUUGGCUAGCUAAGAAGACUCAGCAUCUAAUCAAAGAUCUGAUAAGGGUUCAUGUGGGUCUUGGAAGUCAGACUAUGCAGUUUGAAUUCUCCUCUGAUGGGAUCCUGUACACAAUCGUUAUUGGAGACAAGAAGAGAACAAGACAGUUUGCAGCAGUCUUGAUGAAUUUAAUCAGUACAAGUGCGUGGAAGAAGAAGUUCAAGGGCGUUGUUUGGGAGCAUGCCCAGACGUUUCUCAACCUGACUGAUGAGGUGUUUGUACCGCAGGCUACUGGGGAUACCAGCUAUGAGGUAGACCCUCAGAUAAACGUCUUCAUCACCUCCCAACUCAAGACAAGGAUAGAGACUAAACAAGGCACGGAGAUGAGUGUAGAAGACUUGGGCAUCGUGGUAACAGCUACUGAUAUCUAUCUGGUAGAGGAGAACCACUUCUAUCCCCUAGCUCCUGGAAAGAACAAGAAGAGUGUCAAAGGUCAACAGCAGUUCAUCCCGAAAGGUCAUCGCAAGAUCAGUGAUAUCUCUGGACUGGAGUUGUAUGCUGAUUCUCUAACUGAUGUGACUGUAUCAUUCUUCAGUGAGGAUACUGGUGAGGAAUCACAGUGGAACAUCAGCACAGUAUCAGAUGCUUCACUGGAUCAACUUCUAACCAUGAUCAAACAACCCUGGAAAGAGAUGUUUGGUGUGGACAUUCACGAGACUCUACAUCCAUCUAUCGCAAUCCAGGAUUUGGCAUGAAAGCUCCAUGGAAACUCAACUCAAGAUCUCGGCCAUCAUCAUAUUGAUCGCUCAUGAUUCCAGUAAUACGUAACACCUUUUCUAUUAUCUGCUAUGUGUAUUGGCUUAAUUUCUAUUUAUUUGCUCAUGUUUCCUUUUUAUAUUAUGGUUAUAAAGAAAGCUGCUAUAUUUUUCUAUGAAUUUUGUGUCAUCUGAUGUAAACAAAAGAAGGAAAAAAAAAGAGUAUAUUUUUAUUCACCCCUCGUACUACUACCGGUAUAUCAUAUUACGAGAACCACCCUUACUGGAACCAUUUUCAAGCCAGGAGUUGAUACUUCCUCGUUCUCAGUGUAUAUCUUGCAAGAUGUAUUAUACUCUCUUUUCAAUCACUCGAUGGAAGACAAGAAAGGGGUCAAAAUGCAUUUUGUGAUGUUGUUAAGUACGUCGUCACUUCUAGGUGUAUGCCAGUAGAACAUAAUCUGGACUUAGAGAUAGCUAUCAUGUAAAAUUUAUUUUGUUAAUCUUCUUUUAUUUUCAUUCUUCUUGAUAUUCUUCUUUUAUGUUUAAUUAUCUAUGCAACCUGCUGAUCUCUUUCUAGCUAGUAGAUAAAUCCCUUUUCCUUAACACAGUAUUUUUGUAUAUUUUUUCUUUUUUAUAUUGAUUAGUUUUAUGGUCGGUUGGUCUCUCACUUCUUGUUUAGAUAGGGAAAUAAAGCAACUACCAGCACAAUUCUUUAGCCUUUCAUUUAUUUUGGUCCAAGAAUAGAUGUUACGUAUUGAGUAUUCUAAAAAAGGGAAAAAAGGUGCCAUCCAAGAAUCAUACAUAGCCUUUUGUACAGAAAAGUCUAGUUUUAUAUAGUGCUCACU